GCUCCGAGCAUUUUAUCUCUCACUUUCAUACUUCUUGCCAUCAUUUCGUGCUCCCAAGCAUCAUCUUAUGCUGAUAAUUUCCUUCAAUGUUUGCACAAAGAAUUCCACAAACUACUCUUCCAUUUCCAACAACAUCUACGCCCCAAUCAACUCUUCUUAUUCAUCUAUCUUGCAAUUAACCAUCCAGAAUCCGAGAUUCGCCUCAGAUCCUACUUCAUCACCGCUUAUCAUCAUCACCCCACAACACGAAUCACAAAUCCCACCUUUAAUCCACUGCGCCCAAGAGACUAAGCUGCAAAUUAGAACUCGAAGUGGUGGACAUGACUUUGAGGGACUCUCUUAUAGAGCACAACUCCCGUUCGUGAUCAUUGAUUUGAUCAAUCUUAGUGACACAACAGUUGAUGUUGACAGAAAAACGGCUUGGGUCGGAGUUGGCGCAACCAUCGGUUCGUUAUAUUACACGAUCGCGGAGAGAAGUCCGAUUCUUGGGUUUCCUGCCGGCCUUUGCCCAACCGUUGGCCUCGGUGGGUACAUAAGUGGAGGAGGCUAUGGCACAAUGAUGAGAAAAUAUGGUCUGGCUGCAGAUAAUGUUAUCGAUGCCAAAAUAGUCGACGCUAAAGGCAGAAUUCUCGACAGAAAAUCAAUGGGCGAAGAUCUGUUUUGGGCCAUCAGAGGCGGCGGCGGCGGCAGCUUCUGUGUAAUUCUUGCAUGGAAGGUACAACUGGUGGAUGUUCCAAAAAAGGUCACUGUUUUCAGAGUGAGCAGGACGCUGGAGCAGAAUGCAACUCAAAUCAUUCACCGCUGGCAAUACACAGCUCCUAAAUUGAACAAAGAUUUAUUCAUUGGAAUCCAGUUAAGCAGGACAAACACAACGCAAUCCAGCUAUAACGUGACUAUUAUUGCUUCUUUUUUCUCCUUGUUUCUUGGUGGGGUCGAUAGAUUGCUGCCGUUGAUGCAAGAAAGCUUCCCCGAGUUGGGGUUAGUGAGAGAAGACUGCACGGAAGUGAGCUGGAUACAGUCAAUACUGUUUAUAGCUAGCUUCCCCAUUGAGACAAGUUUUGCUUAACAGCAUUUGGGGCAAGAGAUAUUUCAAGCACAAUUUCCAUCGUCUCGUUCGAAUUAAAUCGGUGGUUGAUCCCAAUAAUUUCUUUAACAACGAACAGAGCAUUCCGCCAUUGCACUAAAUGUCAAGCAAAGUAAUAUGACAUGAUUCACUUGUCAGCAUGGUUUUUUUUAACUCAGUCACGAAUAAACUUACAUCUGAUCGCUUUCCUGCAUUUGCUAGUUGAAAUUAUUGACCUAUAUUUAAGAGUCAGUUAAAUUGCCACGUUUAUCUACAGCUAAGAGUUAGUUAGAUUGUCAGGUCAACAGAUAUUAGUUAGGGAGUUAGCCCACGUUUGGUUGUGUGUUUUUAGAGGUUGGAAAUGGAUUCAAUUAAUUGAAUCUAUUACUUAUUGUUUGGUUUGUGUAAUGAGUUAAUCAUUACCCUUACUUAAGGGUAACACAAUCACCCAAUUUGUUACCCCUCAAAAUAGAGGGGAAACAAAAGAAAGAGAAUCCCUUACUAAUGACUCAUUUUCAUUGCUAAACCAAACACUCAAUAAAAAUAAUGGUUAUUGUUACCGUUCCACUCCUUUAUUUGAUUCCAUUCCCUUUCCAUUUCUCUACUUGAACCAAACGAGCACUU